AUGUUCAUAACUAAUAUAAUCAUUGCUUUUUGUACUCUACAAGUAGUUAGUUCAAUUCCUGUCGUUCAUGAAAUUGAAAAACAUCCUGUUCUAUGUGAUCCUUCGGUCAUUCAACACUCAGGAUAUAUCACUCUUAGUCCAGGUGUUCGAUAUUUCUAUUGGUUUUUCGAAAGUCAAACAGAUCCUAAUAAUGCACCUUUGACUGUAUGGUUAAAUGGUGGGCCUGGAUGUUCUAGCAUGGUUGGAUUAUGGCAGGAAUUGGGACCUUGCAAGAUAGAAGAAGAUGGUGAAAGUGUCAGUACUAAUCCUUUUAGCUGGAAUAAAUACUCCAAUCUUCUCUUUUUUGAUCAGCCCGCUGGUGUUGGUUUCUCUUUAGGUGAUGAUCUAGUGGAUAGUAGUGAAGCUGGAGCAGUCCCUGCUUACAAUUUUUUGCUAUCCUUUAUGAAACGUUAUCCAAAAUAUGCCUCAGCGCCUUUACACUUCUUCGGAGAAUCUUAUGCUGGUCACUACAUCCCUGUUUAUGCUGAUUAUAUUAUGCAACAAAAUCAAUUGGUGAAUCAAGGUCUCAAAGAAAAUCCUAUCAUUCAUUUGAAAUCCAUUGGUAUAGGUAAUGGUUGGACAAACUCUGAUAUUCAAAUGGAAGCUUAUCCUACUAUGGCCUGCAAUUCUACUUAUGGUCCUGUGGUAUCAGAAGAAACAUGUCAAAGAAUGAGAAACAAUAUGCCUGCUUGUUUGAAAAGAGUGAAUAGAUGCCAUGCAACUGGAAAAAAUAGUGAUUGUGCUAUUGCAGAAGCAUAUUGUAAUACACAUGUUGUUUCUCUUUUUGAUCAGUCUAGACGAAGUUAUUAUGAUGUACGUACUUCAGAUGAUCCUCGUUCUGAUUAUGUCGACUAUUUGAACAAGAAUACGACAAAGGAAGAAAUCGGUGCUACUGGCUUAUAUGAAGAAUGUUCUGAUAAAGUAUUUGAACACUUCGUUUUUACUGGUGAUAGUAUACGAAAUACAGAUUCUUAUGUAGCAAAUGUUUUGAAUCAAGGAAUCCGUGUGCUACUUUAUGCUGGUGAUGCUGAUUAUAUAUGUUCAUGGUAUGGGAAUUAUGCAUGGUCUUCAGUAUUGAAAUUUGAUGGUAGUGAUGAUUAUCAAACACAGAAAAUGGAACCCUGGUUAGUGGAUGGUAUUGAAGCUGGACAAAUCCAAUCUGGUGGAAAUUUGACAUUUAUUCGAAUCUAUGAAGCUGGUCAUGAGGUUCCUUAUUAUCAACCCAAGGCUGCUUUACAAAUGUUUAAUACACAUAUUCAAACAUGAUAGCUUUAGUUUUCUCUCUC